AUGUCGGCCCUAAUCAAGGACAAGCUAAAGCUGCUCAAGGCGGCAGUACAGGCCAAGGAUUGGGUCAAUGUUGAGAAACAUGCGAGGUAUGUGCAGUGCUUGAUAUGGGAUUGAUGCGAGGGAUCGGCUACGUCAUACUCACGUCUCCUUUCUUUGUGCUGUCGAAUUGUCGGUGCGCCUACCUUGACGUUUAUUAUGAAACAUUAUGUAUGAAUAGCACCGUACUGAGUUUCGAAUCAAGCAACUACAACGCGUGAGUCCCCAUCUCCUUUCCCUUCUCAUCCCACCCCACACCACACCGACCAAGCCACACGAGCUCACCCUCUACUCGCCAUCUUUUUCACCUUCCAACCAGUCGCGUCUUCCUCGCCUUGGCAUGUACGAACCUCGAACGCUUCGACCAAGCUCAAGAGGAGUACCAGAAAGCGAUCGAGUUGGCGCCUUCGCAGUUCUUGGCCCGACAGGUCAGUUUCAGCUCUCGUGUCGGUCGUACAAACGAACAUUCACUCGGUAGCUGAUCACCUUUGGAGCGGAUGAUCGUAUUCUUGUGACCAGGGCCUGGCUUCACUUUAUGAGAAACAACAACGAUGGACGGAAUAUGCCGCAGCGUUGGAUCAGCUCGUUCAACAGGCCCAGGAAGCGUGGGUCCCCUCGCGCUGCUUAUUGUUCGAGUUGGAAGCUCAAGCUGUGGAUCAUGGCCAUCUCACAGAUGGGAUGGUCCGAAAUGCGCAGAAUCUCUGGCCAAGUUGAUUCAGGUUCGAAAAACGCAUGGCACGGCUGCAGAAGUGGGUUUUUCCCUUCCUUUGAGCUCGAAUCGAGUUGGAGACUGACAUCUCGGAGAAACCCGUUUCCAGCUCGCCCAAGUGUUGUCGCUCUUACUCCCUUCUUCACCCCUCUAUCCACUCCUACAAACCCUUCCACCGCCUCAACCGACGAACCCGACAGCUACGACCUACCAUUCGAUCCAAAUGGCUCUCCUCUCACCUCUCCCGACCCUCCUCGAACUCCUUUCCCUAACCGAAGCGCAAGAAACAAACCUCAUCGAAUCCGAGAUCAAGACACGUCGUCAGCGACUCGGUGGUCCAUCUCUGAGCGCGUCGGAGACUCGAAAACUCGUCGAACGGGAAUACAUGCUUUCGUCCAAACUUCCAGAAUUGUACAAGGUGAUCUUGGAGGACCCCGACGCGAGUGAAAGGGAAGAACUUAGGCGUGAAGUCGAAGGCAAAUUGUUGCGGCAUUGGAAGACCUUACUCUUCGCUUUACCCUCGUCCUUCGAUGAAGCUUCUCUCGAUCCGUCGAUUUCGAAAAUGGGGGAAACGGGCAAAGGCAAAGCGAGUGCUGUCGCCGGUAGAAAGGAGGAGGAAGACCGGGUCAAGAAUUCUGUGCGGUGGGAGAUCGAACAAUUGACCAAAGGGAUGGUCCUUAUUGAGGUCGAAGAUGAGUUGGCGUGGAAGGUUCAAUUGGAUUGGGGGGAUCGAUUUGGGAAUUGGGAAGAGAUCGAUUGGAGAUUGUUGAACAAAUUCGACGAGAAGUUCCCAGAGUGAGUUUGCCAUGAGCAGGGAGCGCUCGUUUGAAUUGAACUGACUUGCCGGUUGGUUGACGCACGCAGUACGGGCUUGGCAGCUGUUAUCUCGGUGGCUCAUCGGUAUCAUCUCUCUCUCCUCGAAGCCUCCAACAUUCUGGACGAUCUUGACAAAGACGACGAGGACAAAAUUGUCGCUCCCUCGGCGGAAGAAUUUGCUGAAGUUGCAGAGGUGAGUCCAUGACGUGACAGGUGAUCCAUCAGGCCCACACCAUACUGAUACGACAUGGUCACACAGUCCGGCCUUGAAAAGUCUAACGACUCGAUCCUUUCGCACCUCUUGCUGAUUCGGUACUUUUCUGAUCAAGAAGACUACGCCACCGUCGUUUCCCUUGGCGAAGGAGGGCUUCACCUACUGCGCAAACGAGAAGCCGAGAUCGGUCGAGCACUCCCUUCCUCUCGUACUACGCUCGAGACUCAUCUGGCGAUCGCUCUCGUUCAUCACUCAAGCCCGACGCACCAUGUCAAGGCUUUGAGGUUGCUCGACUCGCUUUUGGAUCGAGCGAAGCAGAACGGGGCGGUCGUACUUUCCGACCUUUUGGUCGCCAAAGCGCUGGUCUACCAGAGUUCAGAAAAGUGGUUGGAAGCCGUCGAUCUCUGGGACCAAGUUCUCUCAUUCUCGACGCUCGCCGAGAACGUUCGUAUUACCGCUCAAAGCGAACGUGGAUGGUCACUCUUCAAUGCCAAGCAAUUUGACGCCGCUCGAGUCGGUUUGCACGACGCCGUCAUCGCACUGGAAGCACGAUAUCAGCUCCAACUCCAACAACAGCGGCGGAACGAGAUCGCUCGGUCUAAGUCCGGGACCGAAAAAUCUCCCGGACUUGAAGAAGGUGAAUCGUCACGAGAGGCCGAGGAACGAGCCAAAGCGUUGUGGAGAUUGGGUGAAUGCGACUGGGUCUUGUCAGAGGAAGACGAGAGUUUGACCCCGCGCGCCUUCCAAGCCUAUCUCGAUUCAAUCAAGGCUUUUCCCGACUUUGCUCCCACGUGGACGAGUUUCGGCAUCUAUUACCGAAGUAUCGAACCACCCGACUGGUCGCGGUCGUUGAAAUGCUUCCAAAGGGCCUUCGAGCUCGAUCGGUCACAAGAAGUUGCGGCUCGCUACAUGGCCGAGGAGUUUGCCGAGAUCGGCGAUUGGGGUUUGGUUGAAAAGGUGGCGAGGAGGGUCGUUGAGGCUGCGGCGGCCAAGGCAGCUGUCGGUGUAUCAACGGCUAAGAAGUUGGCUUGGGCUUAUAAGGCUAUCGGGGGCAGUGAGAUGGUGAGUGACUUUGCGAUUUGGCACUGAACUUGUUUGGGGUUGACUCAACUGUCUCGUUGCGCGGCUGUACUCAGAACUCUCAAAAGUACCCGCAAGCGAUCGUGGCUUUUCAAUCGGCUCUCCGCGGCGAACCCGAGGACGUGCAUACCUGGCUUCGCCUCGGUGCUGCCUACCGAGGUUCAGGCAAGCACGUUGCCGCGCUCAAGGUAUUUUCUAAAGUGCUUUCCAUCGAUUCGGAUAAUUGGUUCGCCAAGUUCUCCAUCGGCGGUGUUCAACGCGAGAUGGGCUUGUUCGAACCGGCUCUCACGACCCUCAAAGAAUUGCUCGUCGAAAGGCCAGACGAGUUGGGCGUUCAAGUCGUAUACGCCGAGACGUUGUUGAGCGCCGGUAUGGAACAACUCCGAACGGGGUUCCUCUCGCGUGCAGAAGAAUCCUUCGUCGAGACACUGGUGCAAGCGAUUCGGGUCAUUGAGACGGGUGGUGCAAAGAGGGUCGCUUGGAAGCUCGCUGGGGAGGCGUCGAGCAACUUGGUCAAGAUCAGCGAGUGCGCUCAUUUCGAACGCUCCAAGGGCCUUGCGAUUCAGCUCGUCAAACUAGCGGGUGAGAUGGAUGUCGAUACCAAAGUCGACGGGAUCGACGUCGUCACCGUAGCCGCGUUCCUCGACGUCGCGCAAUCGACCGAGUCACCGAUCUUGUUUGCUGGAGUCGCAGUGCUGGCACAUAAAGCGCGCGUGGUCCUCGAUACGCAUAACGAAGCAGCAAUCGGGUCGGCUUGGGCAGAUUUAGGAACGAGCGUCGCCAAUCUCCGCCCUCACUUGUCGAAGCUCUCGCCUCGCUUUUCGCCAGAGACUGCUCUACACCAAGCCAUUCGAGCGCUCAAGUUCGGUCUCCAUCACGAACCUUUCAAUUCGACCUUCUGGAACGCUCUCGGUGUAUUGACUUUCGACAUCAGUGGUCGUCUUGCCCAGCAUUGCUUCAUCCGCUCGAUCGAGCACAACUCGCAGAAUGCGAUCGCAUGGACGAAUCUCGGCCUAUUCUACCUCGUGCACAACGACGACGAUCUGGCGAACCAAGCGUUCCUUAAAGCCCAAGUUAUCGAUCCCGAAUGGGCCGCCGCAUGGAUCGGACAAGCGACUUUGGCUGACAUGGCCGGUCAUGCACUGGAAGCUUCGGUCCUCUUGGAGCAUGCCUUCACCCUGGGAGCGGAUACGCCCGAAGCGGAUAUCGCUUUCGCUUCCCAUGCUUUGGAGAAGUAUCGUCGUUCAACGUCGGUCGACCCGGACUUGGUAGCGGACCGCUUCGACCCCGCUCGUCCAGACGCCGCGAAGAAUCUGACCGCACCUCUGUUCGCCAUCACUCGAUACCUCACCCGGCGACCCAAUGACGUUUCGGCUUUGCAUGUCAAUGCGUUGAUCUUGGAACAUUUGGGUGAUCGGAAAGCCGCGAGCGAGUCGUUUGAACGUGCUGCUGCGUUGUUGGAGGAGUUGUACGAAGAGGACGAGAGCGCAAGCGUCGAAGGGAGGUUCGUCAUUGCCCAGACCAACUUGGGGCGGGUCCGACUAGCAAGUGAGAACUACGAAGAUGCCCUCGAAGCUUUCGACGCUGCGUUGUCCCUCAUCGACCUCGAGGCCAGACCAACCGAGAAGGACGCCUUGACGCAGGACCAAGCCGUCAUCCUAUUCUCCCAUUGCAAGCUCGGUUCGGCACUGGCGCACUACUUUCUUGAGGACACCUCGAUGGCUGAACGAACUCUGGAAGAAGCGAAUGACGACUUGGAUUUGUACAAGAAUGAUCGGACGGUUCACCUCGCUGCUGCGUUGGCGAGGGUUUAUUUUGCCGAAGGGGAUGAGACGAGGGCGUUGGGAGCUUUGUUGGAUUCACCUGAUAUGUACGUUUCAUUUCGCUACCUGGCGGGGGAAAUGGCGUAGACUGAUCGAUUCUUUUUGGCGUGGCGUGAUAGCACCAAAUCUUCGGUCCCGCUCUUCAUCAAGCUCACUCUGGAAGCUCUCUCCAUCAUCACUCGCACACCAGCACUGGACGAGAUGCUCAGUCGAAUGAAGCGUUCGGACCCCAUCAUCAAAUACUCGCCAGCGUCGACCAAGCUCACCGCUUUCGGUCGGCUGAUGCAAGGUGAUGUUCACGGUGCUGUGCGGUUGACCAGUCGAGUUCUCCAUGUCGCACCAUGGACACGACCCAAUCGAGCGCGUCUCGUUCGACUCCUGACGGACUUCCCCAAAGCUCUCUCCGAUCCAAAAGACACGACGACCAUCCCCUCCCCCACCAUCGCAAUUCCCGUCGUCAUGCGCCUACUUCCACCGAUCCCACCCACAGCGCAACAAGAAGGGAUUCGAGCUUUCCAAAGUCUUGGUAUGAGCGGUCUCGCAUUCGCACUGAACGAAGAUGUGGAUAAGGCCAGUCGAGAGGUGGAGAAAGCUUUACAUUAUGGGCCUUGGUUGGGUCAGAUGCAGAGGGCGAUGAGGACGGUGAUCAAAUAUUCUGCCAAAGGGGUGGAGAGCUGUUGA